AAGGCAGCAAGGCCACUAACACUAGUUAUCACAUCCACCAUAACGACCAUGGCUACCACCUCAGCUUUGCUAGCUCUUGUCUUGUUAGCCAGCCUCCUUGCAGGCACGGUGUUCAGUGAUGAUAUCGUACCCAUCCAUAUACCCUUGUUGGAUCGGUUCCAAGCCUGGCAGGCCGAAUACAACCGCACAUAUGCGACCCCAGAGGAAUUCCAGCAACGCUUCAUGGUCUAUAGCGAGAAUGUCAAGUUCAUCGAGACCAUGAACCAGCCUGGGAGCUCAUAUGAGCUCGGUGAGAACCAAUUCGCUGACCUCACCGAGGAGGAGUUCAAGGACACGUAUCUUAUGAAGCUUGACAACGUGGCCUCGUCCCCUGAGGCCAUGGCACUGACCGUCGAUACCAUGAAUAGAGCAGGCACAUCUGGCGGCAGCAACACCAACGAGGCUCCCAAUAGUGUGGACUGGAGGACCAAGGGAGCAGUGACGCCGGUCAAGAGCCAGCAACAUUGUGGCUCUUGCUGGGCGUUUGCCGCAGUGGCGUCUAUCGAAGGUGUGCACAAGAUAAAGACAGGUCGUCUCGUGUCACUGUCGGAGCAAGAGAUUGUGGAUUGCGACCGUGGGGGGAAUAACCAUGGCUGCCAUGGUGGUCACUCUAGUUCUGCCAUGGAGUGGGUCACCCGCAACGGCGGCCUGACCACCGAGUCGGACUACCCAUAUGUGGGUAGGCAGGGACAAUGCAUGAGCGACAAGCUUGGUCAUCAUGCGGCCAAGAUCCGUGGCCGGCAGGCAGUGCAGGGCAAGAACGAGGGCGCGCUACAGCAUGCAGUGGCGGGGCGGCCGGUGGCCGUAAGCAUCAAUGCAAGCAGGGCCUUCCAGUUCUACAAGCGCGGGAUUUUCUCAGGCCCCUGCAACACCACCCGGAACCACGCCGUCACGGUGGUCGGGUAUGGAGCCAACGCUAGUGGCCACAAGUACUGGAUUGUCAAGAACUCAUGGGGUGAGAGGUGGGGAGAGAAGGGCUACGUGCGAAUGCAGAGGGGUGUUAGGGCUAGGGAGGGCGUGUGCGGCAUCGCCAUAGCGCCCUUCUAUGCGGUGAUGUGAGAGUACCGUCUCUCCCCAUACUAGUUACCAGUUGCAUUCUGAUUCUAAACAAGUAUGGGUGUCAUCUUGGAGAAGAAUGCAUGGAAUUAAAUAAACUACAGCUCACCGAGGGAUGGUACAUGAUGUUUGCUACGCGUUGCCAAUUUAUCGUUUGUUUGCUAAUGUAACAAAAUCUCAAAAUCAAUGACUUUUGGGAUGUAAUAUGUGUUCUUGUUAAAUAAAGAGAAUCACAAUUGAUCUCUUGCCUUAAAACAUCAUCACUGCGAUGUGCAAGAGGUUAGUUUGUCAA